UCAGAAUCUGCUGUAGCCACAUAAAAUUUUCUCUUUUGAAACUCUUUAGUGGAGCAGCUGUUCGCAAGCGGCACUGGCAGCGCAGCAGCGCGAGGAAACAUGGCCAAGGCCUGCAAGCUCGAAGUGAAUUUGCACUGGAUUCAUCACUGGCUCAAUCUCUGGAAGAACAAGAUCAUACCCAAGAAGAUGACCAAGAUCCACAACAUCGUUGCAACGUGUGUCCUGCUCGGCUCCUGCUCUGCUUCCUUUGUAGUCCUCGCAACUGUCAUCCUCGCCAACUCCGACUGUAUUGUGCCUUUGCAGGGGCUCGCCUCGAGAGAGAGCGUCUCUUGCGAUUUCUCGCACCCUAGCACGAGUAUCUGCAGCCUGCAGGGGGAUGUCCGAGUGAAAGGCAGCAACUUGACAGUCGCACUGACGUCUGCCAACCAAAGCGCGCAUUCAAAUGUCCUGGCGAAGAUCCGGCCUUACACAAGGAAAUGGGAAAAGAUGAUGAAAACCAUCGGAGAAGUAAACAUGGUGAGCUUACCGAAGUCGAAGCAAAUGGCUUGUGAUGUGAGGCACUCGGUCCCGGCAGUGAUAUUCUCCACAGGGGGUUACACCGGAAGUAUUUUCCACGACUUCAACGAUGGUCUCGUUCCGCUCUUCAUCACCGCACAGAGGUUUAAAGGCGAGGUCGUGUUCAUGGUCCUCCAGUUCAAGCACUGGUGGCCCGGAAAAUACGCCCCAAUUCUCAAGCACCUCACGCACUACCCCGUGGUGGAUUUCGACCGCGAGCAGCUCGUUCACUGCUUUCCGAAAGUCAUAGUUGGUCUGAGAAUCCACGGCGACCUGCUGAUAGAAGAGGGAUUAGCAGGAACAUCAAUGAGGAGCUUCCAAAACUUACUCGAUAUCGCUCUCAAUCCAGGCCAAGUUGUGUUGCCAAAGACGAAGCCGAUGCUUGUCCUCGUCAACCGGGAAACCAGCAGAGUGAUCGUCAACAGAAACGAGACCAUCGCGCUCGCGGAGAAGCUGGGCUACGAAGUUCACACGUUUGCUCCCAAUUUUAACACUCGGCUCUCGGAAAUUUACUCGCUCCUCCAUUCGGCAGAUGUUCUCAUUGGUGUUCACGGGGCCGCUCUGACACACUUUUUGUUUAUGCGUCCCGGUUCCACCUUGAUCCAGAUUAUACCAUUCGGACUCAACGGGCCAGCCGAGACAUGCUUUGGGAGACCUGCAGAAAAAGCCGGGUUAAACUACGUGGGAUACCAGAUUUUACCUUCGGAGAGUACCUUGAGCGACGAGUUUGGUCUCAAUCACACUGUGAUAGUCAAUCCGGAUGAGGUCACCGCGAAGGGAUGGACGGAGCGGAAGAGAAUUUACCUCGAUGGCCAGAACAUAAGGCUUCACUUGCCAAGGCUGGAGCAAAUUUUAAAAGAUGUUCUUACGAGGCAUCAGUAAGAAAAUGUAUAGAAUUCCGCUGAGACGACUUUGUGGCUGAGCGUCCGGGAGUUAUUAGUGUUAGCUUGUACUUCGAAAGCCUCGAUCGUUACAGGUAGCCGCCAUAAAGUUGUAAGACUUGGUCCUACCAGGAAGAAAAACAUAUAGUCGUGCAACAA